AUGGGCUGGACCGAACCUUUCUGCUACCACUUUGACCGGGGCCUCUAUUUUCAUGAGGUGUUCCCACGCCUGCUGUGCGGCACACAGCCACGAAACACGGACGAGGUCACAGAACUUGUGAAGGGCCAUGGUGUAGUGACGCUGGUGAAUCUGCAGCAAGACAAGGACAUAGCGCACUGGGGGGUUGACUUUGGCGCCAACGCGGCGCGUGCCGCCGAGCUCGGGGUCGACAUACGGCGCCCCUCCAUAGUGGACUUUAGCGCAGACUCCCUGCGCCACCAGCUGCCCAAGGCGGUGCGCGAGGUGGCGGACGCCAUGAAGAAGGCGGAGGCCAGCGGCGGGCGCGUGUACGUCCACUGCACUGCGGGGCUGGGCCGCGCGCCUGCGGUGUGCAUCGCCUACCUCUACUGGUUCCAGGGACUCCAUCAGGGCCGCCACAGCCGGUGCGCGUCUGCCUAG